AUGAAAGGAAUGCGUGGAGGUAAAGGAAAGGAUACGGAUGAUGAUUUUUCCCCCAAUUCAAUGCCAAACCUAGAAAUAUUUAAAGGAAUUGACACAAACAAGGAUGGAGAGAUUGAUGAUGAUGAAUUUGAAGCACAACGUGAAUUGUUUGAUUUUUUGGGUAGAAUGCCUAAUUUGGAUGAUGAUGAUGAGGAAUUGGAUGAGAAAGAAAUUGUUGAUCGUUUGAGAAUAUUUCGAUGCUAA